AGCCCUACUGAGAGUAAUGUUACAGAGCGAAGAGCUGAGUGAGAAGACUGCGUAUCGCUAUUACCUCCACACAGCCAUUGCAGUGCAUUGAGAAUCAGCACCAGCCUUUGGAAAGUGUCAGCUAUAUAAAUUUGGAAGUGUGGGGAUAUAUUGAAGAUGGGGAAGGACCCAACGAAGCCAAGAGGAAAGAUGUCCUCUUAUGCCUAUUUUGUUCAGACCUGUAGAGAGGAACAUAAGAAGAAGCACCCUGACACUUCAGUCAACUUCUCAGAAUUCUCUAAAAAGUGCUCUGAGCGAUGGAAGACUAUGUCAGCCAAGGAAAAAGGCAAGUUUGAGGAAAUGGCUAGACUUGACAAGGCACGUUAUGAGAGGGAGAUGAAGAACUAUGUUCCUCCCAGAGGUGAGAAGAAGAAGAGGUUUAAGGACCCCAAUGCCCCUAAGAGACCCCCGUCAGCCUUUUUCAUUUUCUGUGCGGAAUACCGGCCCAAGGUAAAGGAAGAGACCCCAGGUCUGUCUAUUGGAGAUGUGGCCAAGAAGCUUGGAGAAAUGUGGAAUAAGACUUCUGCUGAAGAGAAGCAGCCUUAUGAGAAAAAGGCAGCCAAGCUGAAGGAAAAAUAUGAGAAGGAUAUUGCUGCAUAUCGGAAGGGAAAAGUUGUGGGGGGUGCUGCAAAAGCCCCCAGUAAGCCGGACAAAGCCAAUGACGACGACGAUGAUGACGACGACGAUGAGGAAGACGAUGAUGAUGAUGACGAGGAUGAUGAUGAUGAAUAAAUUGGUUACAAAUUAGAGCUUAGCUUCUUGUUUAUAAAGCAUUUAACCCCCCUGUACACACUUAACUGAGGCCAUAAAAUGGGUAAAUGAGGUAAAACUAAAGGGAAAAAAAUAAAAUUAUGGUUGUGCAUAUGA